UAAUAGCUAAACCACUUGGACUAUAAAACACAACAAAUCAUAAACCAAGCAAAAGAGCCGUGCCCUCCCAAUGAGUUCCUAUUUUGUAAACUCAACUUUCCCAGUGACUCUGCCUGGAGGACAGGAGCCGUUCUUGGGACAGAUACCGUUAUAUUCCUCCGGAUACACAGACCCUUUGCGACACUAUCCCGGGGCUGCUUAUGGAGCUACCGGUGUCCAAGACAAGACCUAUCCAUCCUCCUUUUACCAGCAAGCGAAUGGUGCCUAUGGUAGGGCAACCGCCGCCGGUCCCUGCGAUUACGCGACGGCAAGCUUCUACAGGGAAAAGGACCCUGCUUGCGCCCUCUCUAGCAUAGAGGAACACUCGCUCGUUCUCAGCCAAGACCACCGCAAGACAGACUGCACGGGGUCGACGGGGAAAUGUAUCUACUCUGAGGUCGACGAACAGAAGCCGUCAGCGCCUGUUUAUCCUUGGAUGCAACGGAUGAACUCGUGUAACGGGACCUUCGGUAACGCUGGACGAAGGGGUCGUCAGACGUACACUCGCUACCAGACGUUAGAACUGGAGAAAGAGUUCCACUUUAACAGGUAUCUGACCCGAAGGCGCCGAAUUGAGAUUGCGCACGCACUGUGCCUGACAGAACGUCAGAUAAAGAUUUGGUUCCAAAAUCGGCGAAUGAAAUGGAAAAAAGAGAACAAAUUGAUCAACUCACAGACCAGCGGCGAAGAGGAGGAGGAGAAGAGGACAGACUGAAAUUAUAAACUAUAAAUCCCAUGAAAAAUAAACUGUCACAGAGGGCACCAGACACCAAUGUCUAAUCACACAAAUGAAGACUUUCCACCAUUUUAGCAACUGUAGAAUUCCUGUUAACUCAUAAAUUUAAUUUCCAUUGUGAUUUCUGUUCGCUUUUUUUACAUGUGGUUUUGUGCGCUAUUACCCAGACUUGCUCUUUUACCUGAAAUUUCCAUGUUGAAUAAAGCGAUUUGAAAUGUCAUAUUCGUGAUCAUAUUUAAAAUGUGCAAAAAAUAAAGUUUAUUCCCACUGUUUGCCAAAAAAAAAAAAAAAAGAGAAAAGAGAAAAUAAAACAAAAAAAAAAAAAAAAAACGUUUUUUAUUUUUAUUUUAGACGUUUAGACAGUUUGAGUUAAUUUAUAGAGUUUGGCUGGAAAGGGUUGGAGCACUUAAAUAUUCCAGUGAAGCAUGUUAGAGGUAUAUUAGUCUAUAAUGGUUCAGUAUUCUAUAUUUUUUGUACGUGCUUUCUGUUUGUUGUUCAACCCUUCAAUAAAUCUAAACAUCAUUCCGACUGUCAUACUGUCUGAAGGCCGUGUUAUAUGAAAUGACUGAUUCUUAUUGUGGUGCAACACCUGUAUGCUUUCCCUUUUGUUUUUUGUUUUUUGAAUAUUUUUGUUUUUUACAAGAAAUCUAGAUUAAACAAAUUUACGAUAGACCUAUAAGUGAUGUAUUGAGUUUUUAUUUAUUUAUUUUUUAUUAGUAUUUCAGUGAUUCCAGUUUACUGGUCAACGCAUUUAACAUUCACACAGCUGCGUAACCUGUAUGAAAUUUCAGUACCUGCCGGA